GCGUGCCAGGGUAGAGCCGGAAGCAAUUGCACACGUCGACGCGCUGUGCCAAAGCGCGCCGUUGAAAUCCGGUGCGGCACCAACCUACCCCACGACAACUGGCAGUCCCGGACGCUCAAGGCGCGUUUCAGCGCAAGCGCGUUGGGUGCGAGCGUGGCUGCGGGCGCGCCCGUGGUCCACUUCCUCACUCGAGUCUCAACACACGUCGUUCACAGACGCGCAGAGCCGGGCGCCAGCCUCACCGGUGGCCCACAUGAGUGCAUGCGCGCGGGAGCGUGCAGAGGGACCGGUGGGCAGAAGUCGGUGAGGGUGGGAGGAAGAGAUCCACUGCUGCGGCGAGAUCCUUGUCGCUAUCGCGGCUAGCAGAGGGAGCGGGGUGGAAUGGGUGCGUGCGAGGAUGUUCCUGAAUCGAGCGGUUGACACGACUGGAUGGCGGGUACUUGUUGCGUUUGCCAUGCACGAUGGAGGAUGGGUAUCCACCGGUGCCGCUGUCAAGUGCGGUGGGUUUUUGUUUUGGGCAUCGCAGACGUGUUCUGGGCUCUUCAGGUACGGUUGCAUUAUGGCGUGCAUAUUGUCAACAUCACGAUGAAGCGCGUGCAAGAUAGAGGAAGAUGCAAUUGUGCGAUUCCAUGUACAUCAUCGCUUCAACUCGAGUCUGAGCAUCCAAGUAUCUCGUACGAAGUACAUGUCUCGCCUCACUCCAGGUGCAGAUCCCGUGCCGUGCACCACGCGUUCCCACGCGUACUCGGUCUUAUUCCGAAUGCCACUUCACCACGCCCUCCAUAUCGAGCAACGAUGCGCAAACACGGCCAACAAGUUCUGCUGUUUCAGAUCUGCUCUGCAGAGAUGUUGGGCAUCGUGAGGCUUCAAAGUGGAUUCCGGUGCUCAGAAUUCUGCCCGCAACGGUAUCCUGGACUGGUAAGCGACGUGUCCCUCCUCGAAUCACACCCUUUGGGCAACGAUGUGAGGAUGGCCGGCGAACGGAGAGCACGCCGUGGAAGCUUUGAGUGGCUCUGCUGCCCUGCCGCGUCGUGGGUGUUCAGGUGCACGGGAUGUGGUAUUGAGAGGCAUGGGGUGGUGGGCGCUGGACCCUGAUUGCCCCGCGUUCCACCCUCGCGACCCUGCUUGCAGACAAGCCUUCGACAUCAUCUCCCACGAUAGUGGUGGGAGAGUGUGCAUGCAGUCAGCGCGUGCCUUGCAAGUUCUUCGUCAUCCUGGGCGCAGACGUCGUGCGAAGAGCGCAGCAGGUUUGCUCGCUUCC